AUGGCUGAGAAGCUGAAAACCCAAAGGAUUGAAUACGGCGGCGACGAGAAAGAGAUUGGUAUACGAACAACUGGCGAUGCCGAUGCCAGCGAUGUUCUACGCACAGUCGACGCCGGCUACGCCGCGGACCAAGUCGAACCUCACUACGACCAGAAGGAAGUACAACGGAUCUUGAGAAAAGUCGACUAUCGUCUUAUUCCACUCCUUGGUGUUUUGUAUCUUCUCGCCUACCUUGACCGAAGCAACAUUGGCAAUGCCAAGAUCGCUGGCAUGUACGAAGACCUCGACCUCUACGGGAUGCGCUACAAUACCGCGUUGACGGUGUUCUUCGUGCCAUAUGCUCUGUUCGAGGUUCCUUCCAACAUUGUCCUCAAGAUGCUUCGUCCAUCGAUCUGGAUCUCCAUCCUGUGCUUCCUAUGGGGUCUCGUCAUGACCUUGAUGGGAAUUGUUACCAGCUAUGAGGGCCUCGUUACGGCUCGCUUCUUCCUCGGGGUAACGGAAGCGGGAUUCUUUCCUGCUGCGACUUACCUGCUCACGAUCUGGUAUCGACGCUACGAGAUCCAACGUCGCAUGGCCGUCUUCUACGCGGCGGCCUCUCUGUCGGGAGCAUUCUCAGGCCUCCUCGCCUUCGCGAUUGAGAAGAUGGACGGCAUCGCGGGGCUCGCGGGCUGGAAGUGGAUCUUCAUCCUCGAGGGACUGGCGCCGAUCGCCGUCUCCUUCACGCUGUAUUUCCUCCUGCCCGACAAGCCGGAGACGGCGCGGUUCCUGACCAAGGAAGAGCGCGAGUUCAUCGUCAAUCGGAUCGCCCUGCACACGGGUUCCGGCCAAGGUAGGGUCACCAACGUCGACAAGAUGAGCUGGUCGUACAUCAAGGCCGGGUUUGCGGACUGGCGGAUCUGGUGCGCUGUCAUCCCGUUCUGGGCGUGCAGUAUCGGCACCUACGGCUUCACGGCGACCGUGCCCUCGGUUAUCAAGCAAAUGGGCUACAGUUCUGCGAAUGCACAGCUCAUGACCAUCCCCAUCUACGUGGUUGGAAUGAUAGCGACGGUGAUUGUGGCCUUCUGGGCCGACUACGUCCAUCAGCGGACUCCAUUCAUCAUGGGCGGAUUCGCCGUUGGAGUCGCCGGGUUCAUCGCCCAGUUGGCCAUCCCACAUCCGAAAUAUUCGGGGGUGGCCUACUUCUUCCUCUUCCUCGUGGCUGUCGGACUAUAUUGUCCAUUCACCUGUAUCGUGACUUUGAUCGCCAACAAUCUCGCGCCAUCUUCCAAGCGCGCGGUCGGCAUGGCCCUGCUCAUCAGCGUCGGCAAUAUGGGCGGCAUCUGCGGCAGCAACAUCUACUUCUCUGCGCAGGCGCCGAAAUACCCAACGGGCUUCGGCGUCAGCCUGGGCAUCUGCGCGUUGGGAAUCGUCGCUGCGUUCAUCCUCCGCGUCGCGUACCAACGCGAGAACAAGCUCAGGGACGACCUGCUGGCCCGAGAGGGCGAGGAGGCCAUCAAAGCGAAGUACACCGAGCAGGAGUUGCUGGACAUGGGCGACAAGAGCCCGUUUUAUCGGUACACUCUAUGA